UCGGGGCCUUGUUGCAGCCUGAUGCUCCGGACGCCGGCUCCGCUCACCCACUGCUUCAGUGCUGCGGGUGUGUGUCUCCUACCCGCUUUAGAAGGAGUGGUGCCCGGGAGUAGUUGCCCGGUGUAAUUUACCCCAGCCUGCAAGGGAGCUUUCUCCACCCUGCCACCUGGAUACCGGCGGAGUGAGGUUUAGCAACUUAGGAGAGGGCGCACGCAGUUCGAGGCGGGCUCAGAGCUGAAGCUGGAUCCGUUCUGCAAACAUUUCCCUGUCCCAGCCGGCAGAAUCCGACAAGGAAGGCAGAGUUUACAUCAGUGCCACAAAGCCAGUCGGAGGAGCAUUGGUCUGACAGCCUUGAUCUGGGUUGACAUGGCGGGGAAUCUUUUUACAACUUCUCUUUGGAGCCUUAAUGGUAAUCAUAAGGAAACACAACAUUUCAGGACAUGAAGUAAAUAAUGGAUGAUUGUUAUGUUGCGUCAACAUUCCUUACUGACAGUUUAGAGUUGGAACUGGGGACAGAAUGGUGCAAACCCCCUUCCUUUUCCUGUGCUUUUGACAACCGAGGGCUAGGACAAAAUUUUUCUGGAGAAUCCUAUCUUGCUAGUGGAGCCCUUAAACGAUUAAUUUUGAAUCUCGAUCCUUUACCAACAAAUUUUGAAGAGGAUACAGUGGAAAUAUUUGGCAUUCAGUGGGUUACUGAAACAGCAUUAGUGAAUUCAUCUAGAGAUCUCUUUAAUUUAUUCAGGCAACAGCUAUACAACUUGGAAACCUUAUUACAGGUCAGCUGUGAUUUUGGGAAGAUAUCAACCCUACAUUGCAAAGCAGAUAAUAUCAGGAAGCAGUGUGUCAUAUUUCUCCAUUAUGUUAAAGUUUUCAUCUUCAGAUGCCUGAAAAUACAGGAUGCUGAGUCUUAUGUUCCUGUCCAUCCUUAUGAGACUUUGGAGGCUCAGCUUCCCUCAGUGUUGGUUGAUGAACUUCGUGGAUUACUUUUGUAUAUUGGACACCUAUCUGAACUUCCCAGUAUUCAUCUGGGAGCAUAUUUAAAUCAAAACCAGACUAAGCUUUUUCCUCCAUCAUGGCAUUUAUUACAUCUCUACUUAGAUAUCCAUUGGAUGGCUUUAGAGAUUCUUCACAUGCUGGGUGAAAAAUUUAAACAAGUUAUAUAUGGACAUCAGUUUGUCAGUUUGGCAGGUGACAAUUUAACCAAUGUCAGCUUAUUUGAAGAACAUUGUGAGAAUCUUUUUUGUGAUUUAAUAAGCCUGUCAAUCAACAGGUAUGAUAAGGUUAGGCCUUCUGAAGCAUUAAUGAGUCAUCAUUGCCCAUGUCCAUGCAUUAAAGAAUUAUGGAUUCUUCUCAUUCAUCUUCUAGACCACAGAAGGAAAUGGUCUCUUUCAGAAUCAUUUUGGAACUGGUUGAAUAAAUUACUUAAAACACUGUUUGAAAAAUCAAGUGACCUAAGAAAACCUUCUACGCCAAUAAUACAGUCCAGGGAUCCAUUAGGUUUUAGUUGGUGGAUUAUUGCUCAUGUAGGAUCGUUUUAUCAGUUUGAUCGCCAUGGAGUCCCAGAUGAAAUGAGACAAAUGGAAUCAAAUUGGAAAUUUGUGGAAGAACUGCUCAAACAGUCCUUGAGUAUUCAGGAUGGUAUACUAGAAGAACAAUUACGAAUGUAUCUUCAAUGUUGUUUGACACUUUGUGAUUUCUGGGAACCAAACAUUUCUAUUGUCACCAUUCUAUGGGAAUAUUAUAGUAAGAACCUGAAUAGUUCCUUCAGUAUUUCUUGGCUUCCUUUGAAAGGCCUUGUUAAUAACAAGUCACCUUUGUCUAUGCUUGAAAUGGUGAAGACUUGCUGUUGUGAUAAACAAGAUCCUGACCUAUAUAAAUCCAGCAGUAGUUAUACAAUUUUUCUUUGCAUUUUGGCAAAAGUUGUUAAGAGAGCAAUGAAGAACAAUGGCCCUCAUCCUUGGAAACAAGUCAAAGGAAGAAUAUAUUCUAAAUUCCAUCAAAAAAGGAUGGAAGAAUUAACUGAAGUUGGUCUACAGAAUUUUUUCAACCUUUUUCUACUGUUAGCAGCUGUUGCAGAGGUAGAAGAUGUAGCAAGUCACGUUUUAGACCUCCUGAAUUUCCUCAAGCCAACCUUUAUAAAAUCUCAGAGAGCCCUCAUUUGGAAGGGUCAGAUGGCAUUUCUCUUACUGUAUGCUCAGAAAAAUCUGGACAUUGGUGUUUUGGCUGAGAAAUUUUCCUGUGACUUUCAAGAAAAGGCAAAGGAAUUCUUGGUAUCUAAGAAUGAUGAAUUGAUACAAAGACAUAAUCUCUGGACCCUUCUUUCCAUAUACAUUGAUGGUGUUCAAGAAGUAUUUGAGACCAGCAAUUGCUUAUGUCCUUCCCAUGAAAAACUGCUUAAUGAUGGAUUUGAUAUGCUUCUACGAGCCUGUCGAGAAUCUGAACUUAGGACAGUGUUGAGCUUUCUACAAGCUGUUCUGGCCAGAGUCAGGAGUAUUCAUCAACAAUUGUGCCAGGAACUUCAAAGGGAGAAUGUGGACCUAAUUGUGCAGUCUUCAUUAUCGGCUAAAGAGCGCCACCUUGCUGCAAUUGCUGGUGCACUGUGGAAACAUUUCUUUUCAUUUUUGAAGAGUCAGAGAAUGGCACAGAUUGUGCCUCCCUCACAACUUGCAGAUGCAGCUGCAGAUUUUACUUUGUUGGCAGCGGACAUGCCAAGUACUGCUCCGUCAGAUCUUCAGCCUCAGCCAGUAAUAUCAAUAAUUCAACUUUAUGGUUGGGAUGAUAUCAUCUGCCCCGAAGUUGUAGCAAAAUAUUUAAGUCAUUUACUACAAAAUAGCACCCUGUGUGAAGCACUUUCUCAUUCAGGCUGUGUAUCUUUUCAAUCCUCAACUAUAAGAUCAUGGAUCCGUUGUGUUUUGCAAAUGUAUAUAAAAAAUCUCUCUGGACCUGAUGAUUUGUUUACUGAUGCAAUUUCUGAGCAGGCAGUUGAAAAAGAUUAUGUGGAACAGUUGGCUGAAUUGACAAGGUUGCUAUUUAAACUCUCAGAAGUAAAGGAUAUUUUCUCAAAGGCACAAGUUGGAUAUUUACCCAUCCCAGAAGACCCCAAAAAAGCAGUUGUUCAAUUCCUUGAGGCUGUUGGUACAACUUACAGGAAUCUCCAGACACUUUCUGAUAAGUCUGCUAUGGUCACAAAGUCCUUAGAAUACCUUGGUGAAGUAUUAAAAUACAUAAAACCCUAUUUGGGAAAAAAAAUUUCCAGUGCAGGGCUGCAGCUCACUUAUGGGAUGAUGGGAAUUCUUGUUAAAUCAUGGGCUCAAAUUUUUGCCACCUCUAAAGCCCAGAAAUUGCUAUUUCGGAUCAUAGAUUGUUUACUGCUGCCACAUACAGUAUUACAGCAAGAGAAGGAAUUACCUGCACCCAUGCUGACUGCAAUUCAGAAGAGUCUUCCUUUAUAUCUCCAGGGCAUGUGUAUCAUAUGCUGUCAGUCUCAAAAUCCAAAUGCCUAUUUGAAUCAAUUGCUAGGAAAUGUUAUUGAGCAGUAUAUUGGGCGGUUUCUUCCAGCUUCACCAUAUGUUACAGAUGUUGGACAACAUCCUGUUUUGCUGGCACUGAGGAAUUCAGCCACCAUUCCAUCGAUAUCAUCUCUAAAGAAAUGCAUUGUACAAGUUUUAAGGAAAUCCUGCUUUGCAUUUAAAGGGUCAGCACCCCCUCCUCGCUUAGCUUCCAUUUUGGUCUUUAUUCUCCAACUCUUCAAAGAAACUGACGUAGAUGUUUGUGAUAUUGAACUGCUACUUCCUGGCAUCUUACAAUGUUUGGUGUUGGUCCAUGAACCCCAAGUUAAAAGGCUGGCCACCGAGAACCUACAGUACGUGGUAAAAGCCUGCCAAGUGGGGUCAGAAGGAGAACCUGCCGCCCAGCUGACUUCUGUGUUUAGGCAGUUUAUCCAGGAUUAUGGUGUAAGAUACAGUCAUCAAGUUUACAGCAUUUUAGAGAUAGUAGCAACACUGAAGCAGCAGGUUGUCAUCUCCUUGAUUUCUACCCUCACUCAAUCUCUGAAGGAUUCGGAAUUGAAAUUGGGCCUUGGCAAAAAUAUUGAACAAAGGGAAUCCUAUAGAAAACUUUUAUCUCACCUAGGACAGAUGGGACAAGAUGAGAUGCAGAGAUUGGAAAAUGACAAUGCAUAUAUUUUGUGAAUCACCCUGUCUGUUGCUUGUCAUCUAAAACUACUUUGAACUAAUCCAUCUCCUACUUUUAAUUAAUUAUAUAAUGAUCUGUUAAAAAAUGCUUUCUGGGAUUUUUUUCUUAUAUAAGUAUAAAAUAUAUGAAUAAGGAAAUAAAGAUUAAUUAGUAACUAUGUAAUAGGAUCCUUGGAGCUUUGCCAAACUGUAAUCUAGUUUGAAGAAAUUUUGGUUAAACUAAAUUAAAGAAGCCUUUUCUGGAAA